GAACCAGCAGGCAAGUUCCCAUUACGGGCGAAGAGGCAUGUGUUGCAGUUUGGCAGUAUGAUCAGUUGUGAAACUGGCAGAUCAGCUCUUAAUUAUCUUUUUCAUGGUUGUUACUGCGGUUUGGGUGGAAAAGGAACACCUGUAGACGGGGUUGACAGGUAAGUUAACUUUCGAUAUGUAAAAAGCUGAUGAAGUAGAAACUUUCUUGGCAGCUCUCGUGAGUGGUUAGCUACACUAAUAACCUCCUUUGUAAUGCCUGUCGGAACUGCCAUAUUACCAACUCACUGCAUAUUUCCUUAAGCUGUUGCAGACACUUUUUUAGUUACGAUCUAGAACUUUCCUUUCUCUUUAAGCCCCUGUAAGAAGAAGCCCUAAAGCAAGUCCCUUCAUUUUCUCGCGCUUACUUAAUUCCAAGGAACAUGAUCAAUUUCCGAACUUUAUUGAUUCUUAGUGUUGUUUACUUCUGUGAAGUCCAAUAAAUAAACAUAAUGAGAUACAAGGGUAGAAAAGUGUUUGAGAUCAAUGUUUGUAAAAAAAAUUUCUCUCUUGCAGGUGCUGUAAGGAGCAUGAUGAAUGUUACGAUCGCGUUAAAGACUCCGAAAUCUGUUUUUUUGACCUUGAUGUUUACAUCGAUGUUUACAGAAGGGUCGGAUGCAGCGGAUGUGGUAUGGAAUAAUACAUUUUGCUUUCUUUCCUUCUUUCUUUGCAAAUUGUAUAGCCAGAGUUAAAAGAUUUAGUCAUGAUAUGAGUCUUGGCUGCCUGCAAAGUCAUUCUAGUUUGGCAAGAUAUGAAUUGUUGCUAUUGUUGUCAAUAAUCAUUGAUAUAAAUUUUUUUUCCAAUGUUUCAGCCAGUAGACCAAGCAAUAAUGCAUGUGAACUUGCCAUCUGCAAAUGUGACAGUGCUGCAGCUAAAUGUUUGGGCAAGAACACAUUCGAUUCGCGGUACAAGUAUUAUCCCAAUUUCCUAUGUUAA